AUGCGGCCCUGGUCGGCCAUCCCCCUCGCUCUCCUCUCCUGUGCGCACCUCGGGUGGUCUGCGCAGGUUCCCAUCCAGCCUACCCCUGUACACGCCCAGUCCGACAACAUUCUCGACGCCCUCUACGCCGACCCCGACUACGUCUCUCUAGUCAAGCUCCUCCAGCGUGCAAAGCUCAUUCCGACACUCAAUAGACUGAAUGGGAGCACACUAUUUGCACCCACUAACGAUGCCAUUGCGAAGCACGCGCCAUGGCAGGCCGCGCUGGACGCCCCUCACGACCUCCGCGACAACAUACAGGAGGAACUGCGGCAGCAGCUGUUCUACCACAUCCUUAACUACACCAUCGCUGCGCUUCCGACGGAGCAGACCCCUCACACGCACAAGACCCUCUUAUAUCCCCGGACUCCCACAGAACCUCCGACGCGGGAGCCGCCACCCGGCCCACCGUGGAUGCCAAUACCGGGAGGGACACUAGGCGGCGAGCCCCAACGCCUGCGCGCAGCAUACCGCGAGGAUGCAGUAUGGGUAGGUGUCGACGCUUUCGGUCAAGGUGGUGCCGAGGUGGUCAAAGAGCUGGUCGAGGCCUCGAACGGCGUGGUCGUCGGUGUUAACAGUGUUUUGUACAUGCCUCCAGACUUGGAAACCGUCAUUUCUCGACAUCCAUCACUAUCCUACUUCUCCAAUGUGCUCACACCGGAGAUGCACGAGUUCCUGAACCGUACCUCCACGCUGACUCUUUUCCUGCCCGUGGACGCCGCAUGGGAAGCGCUACCCUACUACGAGCGACUGUAUCUCCAAAGCAAGUACGCCACGGAUGAUCUUACGCGUAUCGUGAAUAUGCAUGCGGUUGCCCGCAAGCAUGUCAAAUACGCGGACUCGUUCGCGUCGGGCCUCAAUUUGACAACGCUGGACGGCUCGGAACUGCGCAUAGUAACCUCUGAUGACUCCAAGGUCACCGUCUCAGGCGCUGAACUCACGGAAUCGGACAUAUACGCGUCCAAUGGAGUGAUACACGCGGUAUCCUCACUCCUUGUGCCAGAAGGCGCGCUACAACUCACACCGGAGAAGUACCUGCUCACUUUGAACUGUUCGGCGUUCGUGUCGAUGUUGCAUUCCGUAGACCUCGUGUCCCUGGUCAACGACACGGAAGCCGAGUGGACCAUCCUGGCCCCAAGCGAUGAUGUUAUGAAUCUAUUUGGGGAUGAUGGGUCCAUGCCGAAGAAUGGGACGGAGGAGCUGAGGAGGACACUCAGGUACCACUUCCUUCCAGGGAAAUGGGCUCCGGAUAAGCUCAAGGACGGCAUGCUGCUGGAGACCGCGCUCGAAGAAGUCGGCUUGGAUUGGGACAGGCAGGUGCUAGCCGUGGAGGUAAGCGGACAUGACGCGAAAGCCGAAGGCAAGAGCAAGUCCGUCAGGUUUGGCGGAGCGGGGACUAUCGGCGAUCAUGUCGAGAUCAACAACACGCUGAUCUACUUCAUCUCUCGGCCGCUCGUGCCGCCUGCGGACGCGCUGCAGACAGCCUUGCCCGAGCUAGAGCUGUCCUCUUUCCUCGCAGCCAUUUUCUCCACGAGCCUGGCCGAGAGGCUGAAGACAACCCCGCGCACGACGCUCCUCUUGCCGCCAAAUCCUGCGUUCAAACGCCUUGGUAUGCUCGUCUCCGCGCACCUGCUCGCGGCGUCCUCGCGUGCGGACCUCGAGCGCGUCAUCGAGCACCACGCGCUGCAGGGCGUCGAGUACAGCAGUACGCUCGUGAACGGGAGCCAGCGCACGUUUGCCACGCUCGAGGGCUCGGACGUCCACGCGGAGCGCACGCCCAAUGGCACAGUUAUCCUCAGCGCCAGCGGCGGUUGGGCAGGCAUGCAGGCGGCGCUCGUACCGCGCGACAUGCUCACGCAGACGGGCGUCAUCCACGAGGUGUCGGACAUCAUGAUCCCCAGGAGCGUGCAAUUGACGAUCGGGAAGCUUGUGAAGGCGGCAAAGGGUACGACUAUGGCUACAAUGAUGACUAAAGCUGGACUGGACUGGGUGCUCAACGGGACGGCUCCUCCACCGGACUCGCCGUGGGCGGAGCAGGGCCUCACUGGCUCUGGUUGGACGCUCCUGUGUCCGACGGACGACGCGUUCAAGCAAGUGAACCUGACGGAUCUGUACGCGGACGAGGACCGCCUCCGUGCUAUUGUCAGCCAACAUCUCAUCCCCUCCCCGGAGUCGUCCUCGAAGACCCCAGACCUGCAGGAUGUGCUCAACAACAACCGGCCGCUCGGGAUGGACGACAGCGCGGCUUACCAGACAUUGCAGACGCGCUCGGAAGACUCCUUCUACGGCGACAUCGUCUUCCGUAUGCUGGAGGGCGACGAGACGGGCACCAUCGUCGGCGUCGACGGGGCGCACGGGGACAGGGGGCGACGAGACUGGGCGCGCGUACUCUCCUGGGGCCGGGCGACGGCCGGUGGUGGCACCGGGGGAGUCGUGCAGAUCGACCGGUUGCUCGUGCCCUAUGAUCCGCCGUGGUAUGUCCAGUACGGCGCGCCCAGCGUAGUGGGUGUGGGCGGUGUCAUACUCAUAGGAGUGUUCUUCCUUGGUGUGAGGGCGAUUUGGCGGAGAGACACGACGGAGGCGACGUAUGAGCCGAUAGGCGGGUUCGUCCAGGAGGAUGGGGAGGAAUCAUGA